UAGCUGACUGAACGAUCUUGAAUCAACUUGGAAGAUGGAUUUCGCCAUUUCAUUGUUUGUUUUGCUGUCCAGCAGCUUGAUUUUGGCCCAGGAUGAUGGUAACGCCAUCACAGAAAAACCUGAUGAAACACGAACAUGUCAGCCUGACAUGUGUGAUCUCCUGAUGGCAUUCGGUGCCAUGAAAGAAAAGAUUGCAGCUGUGGAAACCAGGCUGGAGGACAGCGAAACCAGGCUGAGAAACAGUGAAACCAGGCUGAAGGACAGUGAAACCAGGCUGAAGGACAGUGAAACCAGGCUGAAGGACAGUGAAACCAGGCUGAAGGACAGUGAAAGCAGGCUGAAGAACAGUGAAAACCAGCUUCUAGAACUGAGAAACAAAGAAAGAACCAAGGUGAUAUUCAGUGCAGCAACAGGAGGAGGUCAAGCAAUUGGACCGUUCAACACAGACAAAACUUUAAUCUACAGAACAGUGAUAACAAACAUCGGUGAUGCCUACAGUCCACACACAGGUAUCUUUGUUGCCCCUGUUGCAGGUGUUUAUUACUUCACCAUCUUUUUUCAUGCUGGAGGACAUGAAUGGGCAGGGUUGCUGCUCUACAAGAACAAUCAACUCAUGAUUAUGACCGGUGAUCACCAAACAGAAGCUGACACAGCUGAUAAUGGAGGAAACGCAGCGUUCCUGCAGCUGCAGCCAGGAGACCAUGUGUAUGUGGUCUUGGCUGCAAACUCACAUGUUUGGGGAACCAGCCACACAACCUUCAGUGGAUUAUUGGUCACUCAAAUGUGAGAAUCAAUGUAUAUCUCUGUAUCUAUGUAUAUCUCUGUAUAUGUGUAUAUCUCAGUUUGGUUGAAAAACAUGAAAGAAAAGACGAUACUACUGCCCCCAAAUUAUUGUUUGGUCGGAGGUGUUUACAGACUGCUGGUGUUUAGUCUGCUUAUGUCUCUGUUGGUGUGGACUGUGUCAGUUUGAUCACCAUGUUUUUGUUGUUUUAUGUUUUUAUGACAUAGCUGAUUGCUACCAUGGAGAUAAUAAAGUUGAAUUCUGAUCUUGA